GUGUGUCAAUCGGCCGAAGACAUGAUCAGAGAGGGACACUUCGCUUCCGAAGAGAUCCAAAAGCGAGUUUACGGACUCAACGAUCGCUGGCAUUCACUCAAAGAUAAGGCCAAUCAACGGAAGCAAGACUUGGAGGACUCACUGCAGGCGCAUCAGUACUUCGCCGACGCCAAUGAGGCCGAGUCCUGGAUGAGAGAAAAGGAGCCGAUCGUGGGUUCGUACGACUUCGGCAAAGACGAGGACUCGACGGAAGCGUUGCUGAAGAAACACGAGGCACUUCUAGCCGAUUUGGACGCCUUCUCCAACACUAUUCAGGCGCUGAGAGAACAGGCGGGCAAUUGUAAGCAACAGGAACAGCCCACUGUCGACCAGGGGGGCAAAGAGUGCGUUAUGGCGCUGUUCGACUAUCUGGAGACCUCCCCCCGCGAGGUGUCCAUGAAAAAGGGUGAUGUACUCACACUCUUGAACAGCAACAACAAGGACUGGUGGAAAGUGGAGGUCAACGACAGACAGGGUUUCGUACCCGCGGCUUAUGUUAAGAAGAUUGAGGCCGUGUUGUCGGCCAGUCAACAGCAUUUGGCCCAUCAGAACAGUAUCGGCGCCCGACAGACACAGAUCGAGGCCCAGUACGACAAUCUGCUCGCACUCGGAAGGGAACGUAAGGGCAAACUGGAGGAGUCGUGCAAAGCGUACCAAUUGGUUCGGGAGGCGGCGGAGUUGGCCCAAUGGAUCAAAGACAAGGAACAGGUGGCGGCCGUACACGAAGUGGGCGACGNGGACACUUUUAUAUUUGCCGGACACGACACCACCGCUAUCUGUCUCUCCUGGACCUAUCAUUUUAUCGGUUUAUAUCCGGAAAUUCAACGCAAACUACACCAAGAAUUGGAUUCAGUUUUGACGACCGAUUGUAUGGUAACUAUCGAUGACAUCAAACGAAUGCCAUAUUUAGAGGCAGUAAUCAAAGAGUCCCUAAGACUGCGACCACCCGUUCCCGUCAUUUUGCGGGCCAUUAAACAAGACAUACAAUUAGGACAGUAUGUCAUUCCCCGAGGCGUGACAUUGGGUCUAAUGAUUGAUGUAAUGCAUUUGGAUCCCGAUAUAUAUCCGGAUCCGUUGACAUUCAAUCCGGAGAGAUUCCUGACAGCUGGUGAGGGUAGGGAUGCGUUCAGUUUUGUGCCCUUCUCUGCGGGAGUGCGCAAUUGUAUCGGACAAAAGUUUGCCUUAAAUGAGCUGAAAAUAGUUUUGGCCAAAACUCUACGACUCUAUCACUUCCAGUCACUCGAACCGAGAGAUCGUUUGAUUGAAUACAACGCUAUCGUUAAGAAACCCAAGAAUGGCAUUAGGAUUAAAGUCAGUCCCAGAUAUCAAGCAUAG